UUUUCACAAGCCCUCCUUCGUCUCCCUCCUUUUGAGAGCCUCCAUCGAACACACCGUUUUCUCCUCCGUCCCCUCCCCUAACCAUCUCCGACCCGAUGGCCGUGCCCCGCAACGCCGCCGCUGCCGACCGCCGCGCCGCGGAGGAAAGCAAGACGACGGCCGAAGCCUCUUCCUCCUCUGCCACCUCCCCCCGAAAGCGCACCAAGUCGCCUGGCGUUCGAGUCAUCGGUGGCCGAAUCUACGAUUCCGAGAACGGCAAGACUUGUCAUCAGUGUCGGCAGAAGACGAUGGAUUUCGCGGCGUCGUGCAAGCAGCUAAGGGGGGACAAGCCUUGCCCUAUCAAGUUCUGCCACAAGUGCCUCCUCAACAGAUACGGGGAGAACGCGGAAGAGGCUGCUGUGCUGGAGAAUUGGAGUUGCCCCAAAUGCCGUGGCGUUUGCAACUGUAGCUUCUGCAUGAAGAAGAAGGGCCAGCAACCAACGGGAAUUCUCAUCCAUGCCGCCAAGGCAACUGGGUUCUCUUCGGUGCAUGAAUUGCUGGAUAACAAGGGAUCUGAUGUGUUAAGUGCUGCAAAUGGGCUGAGAAGUUUGAGCGCAUGCGUACCUCCUACCUGUACAAAGGUGACUCCCAAAAGAAGUCGAGAUAAGGAAAAAGACCAUGAUGAGCAGAAGGAUGUACGGUGUUCUAGCAUUGAUGACGAGAAAGAUGAAGUACCUGCACAAAAGCAAAAGAAAAGAAGACUGAAGAAGCUGAGAAGUUUGAAUGAGAGUGAUGGUGGGAAUGUUAUUGAGCUCUGCAAUGGAAAUGCAAGACUGAAGAAUGCAAAAGCACGAACAAAGGGUGCAAAGAAAGUAUCUGCAAUAUCCAGCAAAAUAGGGAUGCAGCUAAACAAUGAUGAGCAUGUCCCUAAUAAUUGUGGUGAUAAUGAACAUGAGGAUUUGCAACAUGUGGUAAUGCUUUUUAAGCAAUUACAUGAUGACAUGAAUAAUUGUAUUAACAAAGAUGAGAUCAAAGUAUCUGACAAAGGAAAAAAGAACAAUGUCCACAAUAAAACACUGUGCAAAGGACAAAGGUUCCAGAAACAUGGUAUUAAAAACUCAAAUAGUGAUGAAGCAGAAGUCUUAGUUGACAUGCCAAACAAGAAUGUCAAAGCCAAACUGCCACCAAAAAAGCACAAGUCCAGGAAACCUGGUGCCAAAGUCCCCUUUGAACAUGAUAACAUAUCAAUAGUUGUUCCUCAGGGCUUACCAUUAAUAAAGGUUUCAGGGUAUGACUGGGCAGCUGAGGAUGUUGGAGCAGCUUUGCAGUUUCUGGAAUUUUGCAAUGCAUUUUCAGAGGUCCUUGAUAUAAAGAAAGGAGAACCCGAAUGUGUUCUCAGAGAAUUAGCAAGAGGGCGUGUUGGUCGUCGAGGAGUGUAUUCUUCGAUCCUUCAGUUCCAUAUCAAAUUACUGUCAUUUAUUCAAAAGGACUUGGGUGACGGGUCUAUCUCAUACUCAACUAGUGGAGAAAAAUGGUUGCAGUCUCUUGUUGACUGCCUAAAUGAAUCUGACUGUGCCUUAGAGAUUCCUUCAAAGUGCUUGAACAAAGGUCCUCUGACACAUAAUAGUUUGGAUCUAUCAGAGAAGCUCAGAUUGCUGAAUCUUCUUUGUGAUAGGACUCUUGGAACUGAAGAAGUGAGGAACUGGAUUGAUGAAGAAAAUAAAAAGUACAUUGAAAGAAACAAGGAGUUGAAAGAAACAAUCAUUGCUGCUAAAAGAAAGGGAAAGGAUCUAAAGAAAAAGCUUAAGGAUGAUGUGGCAAAAGCUAUGCUUUUUUUGAGAGAAGGACCACCUCUCUCUGUUGCUGAACAUGAGAAUCUUGUCUCACAAAUAAGUGCUGAAACAGAGAAAGCUCAUGCAGAGAUGCUAGAGAUAAUGGAGCUAUUGCCAAAGAAUUCAGAUAACAUGAGAUGUGAUGCUGUUCGAACUCAACCUGUAUUUUUGGAAGGAAAAGGAUAUGUGUAUUGGAAACUUGCGGGCUGUUGCAAUAAUCCAAAAAUCAUCCUUCAAGAUAUUGGGAGCUGGGACUCUGUGAUACUUGAGGAUAAGUGGUUUGCAUAUGAUGAAAAGGAAGAAAAAGCAGUUGAUAGACAUAUAUCAUCUGUCCGGAACCUGAGCCGAAGAAUUCAUGGGAGGUUUGUGAAACAAGAAUCCCACUUUGGACAUGGUGUCGGCUGUGACUCCGGUGAGGAAUUAACAUCUUCAAAUUGCUCUGCUUAAGAUGAGCCUCGAAUUGGGAACUCAGCAAGGAGCAAGAGAUGCAGCAAGUUUUGGAUUUUUUUUACUGUUGGAUAAUUGCUUCGAGUGACCUGUUGCAAUACGAGCAGAAACGGGGUCCUGUAGAGGCUGGUCAAUCUGAUAUCUGGAUCUCAGUCAGUGCCCUAAGAGGCUGUAGUGACUGAUAGAUGGUCUUCUCAUUAUGACCAUCUCAAAGUUAUCGCCGCUGAUGAUAAUUGCUG